AUGAGUGUGGAAAAUAGAAAGAUUUUGCUUCUUUUAGAUAAUGCGCCAGUUCACUAUUUUGAUGGCGAAUUCAGUAAUAUCGAAUUGUAUUUUCUUCUUCCAAAGACAACAUCUAAGAUUCAACCAAUUGAUCAAGGGAUUGUGCAUUCAUUUAAAUUGUUGUAUAAAAAAGGAAUCACUAGAAAUUUGAGUAUGGGAACAAAUAUAGGAACAUUGUCAUAUACAGAUGAACUUACCAAAUUCAAAUUAGUGAAUGCUCUACCUUUAAUUAUUGAGGCUUGGAACGAAGUCACAGUGGACACUAUCAAAAAUUGCUUUAACAAGGCAUAUAAUUUGUUUAGUGAAUCAUUUUUCAACUGA